UUCCUCAUGUCCUGGAUCCUACACUUUCCCUCACUGUCACCCACUUUCACUUUUCAUGGGAAAAAUACUCUUCUGUUUCUCAGAAAGUAGUGGGGAAGUUUAAAGUUGGAAACUUUCAGCUGGUUGAAGGUUUCUGGAGAAAGUACUCAGUUUUCCCAGGAAAGUAGUGGUGAAGAAGUUAAAGUGGGAGCUUUUUUUUCUUUGUUGUUGUGUUGUUGGUUUUGUAUGAUUUGAGAAAUGGCAGAACAAGUGUUGAUGAGACCAGGGAGGUCUCUGGCUGAGACUCCUACUUACGCUGUAGCUACGCUGGUUACUGUCUUGGUUUUCGUGUGCUUCAUUGUUGAACGCUCCAUCUACAGAUUUGGAAAGUGGUUGAACAAGACAAGGAGGAAGGCUCUGUUUGCGUCUCUGGAGAAAAUUAAGGAAGAGCUGAUGCUGCUUGGGCUUAUAUCUUUGUUCUUGGCGCAAUGUGGAAGAUGGCUAUCUGAGAUUUGUGUAAAUUCAUCUCUUUUCAAUAGUAAAUUCUAUCUUUGUUCAAAGGAGGAUUAUGAUCUCACUGAACAUGUCUUACUUGAAAGUUCAUCAUUUUUUCUCAACAAGACUGAUAUUCCUCCAAAAGGGAUAACAACUCGAACGUCUCAUCAAUGUGGUGAGGGUCACGAACCCUUUGUUUCAUUGGAGGGUCUUGAGCAGCUCCACCGGUUUCUGUUUGUUCUUGGCAUUACUCAUGUUCUUUACAGCUGUUUGGCUGUUGGCCUGGCAAUGAGCAAGAUUUACAGUUGGAGGAAAUGGGAAAACCAAGCCAGUUUAGUGGCUGAUGGAAGUUUGCAUCAAGCCAAGAAAAAGAAGGUGAUGAGGCGACAAUCAACCUUUGUUUUCCACCAUGCAUCUCAUCCGUGGAGCAGAAGUCGGAUUCUCAUUUGGAUGCUUUGCUUUCUGAGACAAUUUAAGAGUUCUAUAAAGAAAUCAGACUACUUGGCACUGCGAUUGGGUUUCAUCACAAAGCAUAAAUUACCACUUUCAUAUGAUUUCCAUAAAUACAUGGUUCGGAGUAUGGAAGAUGAAUUUCAUGGCAUUUUGGGGAUUAGCUGGCCGCUUUGGGUUUAUGCUAUAGUGUGCAUCUUCAUAAAUAUUCACGGCUUAAAUAUCUACUUUUGGCUAUCUUUCAUCCCUGCCAUUCUUGUCAUGUUGGUUGGGACAAAACUUCAGCAUGUUGUUUCCACAUUAGCACUUGAAAUUGUCGAACAAACCGGUCCAUCUGUUGGAACUCAAUUGAAGCCACGGGAUGAUCUGUUUUGGUUUGGAAAACCUGAGAUACUUUUAAGGCUGAUACAGUUUAUUAUAUUUCAGAAUGCCUUUGAGAUGGCAACAUUCAUCUGGUCCUUGUGGGGAUUUAAGGAAAGAUCAUGCUUCAUGAAAAACCAUGUGAUGGUAGUUAUUCGGCUCGCUUCUGGGGUUCUUGUUCAGUUCUGGUGUAGCUAUAGCACAGUGCCUCUGAACGUAAUCGUUACUCAGAUGGGAUCGCGGUUUAAGAAAGCCUUAGUUGCUGAGAGUGUGAGAGACUCUCUUCACAGCUGGUGUAAGAGAGUGAAGGAGAGGUCUAAACGUGAAUCUGUGCAUUCAGUCGCUACAAGAUCAGUAUGUUCACUUGAUACAACACUUGAAGGAGAUGAAAUUACAGUUGCAUCAGGCACUAUAUCUCGGUCAUCUUCCUUAGGUUCAUUGAAUGAGAUAACUGUAGCACCUCCAGAACACGCAGAAGAUGCUGAGAAUUCAAACCCUCACCAUAUCGGACUUUCCUCACGGAUUGAAGAGUACUUAAAUGACAGCACAUCGCAUCCUCCUAUCAUUGAAGAAGAUGAUGAUGCAAGCUCAGAAUUGUUUAGGACUUGAGUGAGUUUUCAUAUUAACUAUAGUUAUUUUUUUUCCUGGCCUAAAGUGCCUUCUUGGCAUGUUCUGCCUGAAAUUGCAAAAGCUACAACUUAUCUCAGUUGAGUUCCUCCGAAUUUUCUCA